CGCGCGGCUCUCGUCGCCGCCACCGCCGUCCAUCCUCUGCACCCAGCCGACGGGCGGAUGUGACGUUUUGGGCCGCUAGGUUGCUGCGCAGUUCUCUGGAAGAGAGAGAGAGAGAGCGAGACGGGAAGGCGCAGCCAGGAAGGGCUUGUAGUUGUGGUAGCGGCAGCUCCAGGCGGCACUAACACACACACACACACACCGCCCAGGCUCGGCACCCUCCCGCCUCAGGCCCCGAGAGCGAGAGAGCGACAGCCGGGCCGGGGCCGCCGCCGCGACGAAGCGCCGCAGUCUGUUUCCGAAAUCAUGAAUCCUGUUUAUAGUCCUGGAUCAUCUGGGGUUCCCUAUGCAAAUGCCAAAGGAAUUGGUUAUCCAGCUGGAUUCCCAAUGGGCUAUGCAGCUGCUGCUCCUGCCUAUUCUCCAAAUAUGUACCCUGCAGCAAAUCCUACAUUCCAAACAGGUUAUACACCAGGCACACCAUAUAAAGUCUCCUGUUCACCUACCAGUGGUGCAGUGCCUCCCUAUUCUUCAUCACCCAACCCCUAUCAGACUGCAGUGUAUCCGGUUCGAAGUGCCUAUCCGCAGCAGAAUCCAUAUGCACAGCAAGGCACUUAUUACACACAGCCUUUAUAUGCAGCACCACCCCACGUAAUUCAUCACACUACAGUUGUGCAACCCAAUGGAAUGCCAGCAACUAUGUACCCAGCACCAAUUCCGCCCCCCAGAGGAAAUGGUGUCACUAUGGGAAUGGUGGCUGGGACCACAAUGGCAAUGUCAGCAGGUACCUUGUUGACAACGCAUUCCCCAACUCCUGUAGCCCCACACCCAGUUACAAUGCCCACCUAUCGGGCCCCAGGAACGCCAACCUAUAGCUACGUGCCCCCACAGUGGUGAUUACCACACAGUGUUUGAAGAUGGGAGAUAUGCAAUCAAGUAACUGAGGUUUAAAAGUUGGUGCUGAAGCCCUCAUGCCUCCAACCAGGACUUAUUUCUUCUGAAUGCUUGCAAUCCUUUGCUAAACACUAAUUCCACAUCACUGAAGAUUUCCCAGUGCUGCAUAUCUUACAUCUUGGAACUCCAGCAGUUAGUCUUAAAGCAAAUCCUGUUUUGUGGACUGUCUUGCAAUUUUUAGCUCAUUAUAAUGAUUAAAGGGAGUAUAAAUUUAUUGAUCAUAUCUAGUUGAAUGCAUGUCUAAGAACACACAAAGCUUGCUCAAUCUACCUGCUGUGACUGAUGCAAAAAAAAAAAAAAUGUCAUAUGCAAAAUCCAAAGGAGCCGAAAAGUAUUUUACAAUUUGUAUCACUAAUGCACUGUUGUAAUGUAUGCAGGGUCUUAAGAGGUAGAAUUGUGACAGUGAUUUUUUUCAUAGAAAAACAUAAUAUACAUUAGCAACUUUCAGUUGAUGAAGGCACCAGUUCAAGGGGGCACUGUUAAGUGAUAUUUUCCUUUCCUAGUUCAGUGACUGGAAAAUUAGUUCAUAGUUUGCAGAGAAUCAGUUUACCAAGCAUACCUUUUCCCCCAUUUCCUUUUUUCUUCCAGUGAGAGGGGGUUAGAUUCAGUGUUGCAUAAACAUUCUUAAGGACAAGAAUGAAAUUUUGCAGGAAGUGUGGUUAUCAGUGGCAAAAACAGCUUGUCUAUAAAUCAUCAAGGUAUACUUCAUUAGAAUAUUAGGUGGAAAAUCUAUCUACAUAAUGGCUUGCCUCCUUUAAAAAAAUCAAAUCACAGUUUUAAAUGAUAUGUCCAAAAGAAAUUUCCGCACUGCUGGUAGAAUCAGAUUUCCUUUGGUUCCAAUCCCCACCCCACCCCAAGAUAAUUUUUCUUACCAGUCCUGGUCAGCUAAAAAUAUUUCAAUUUCAACCAGUUUGCUUUUGUAAAAUGUACUAAUGUAAAUAGGAAGGAAUUCAACUACAUGUUAGAUACGGUAAAGGCAAACAAGCCAUUUGAAAAUAUUUUACUUGGCUUGGUUUCCUCGCAGCAUAGAUUAUGAACAAAGUGUGGUAGGAGUUGUCAUGAUGGAAGAGUUCCAAAAAUGAGUACUGAAUUAGAAAGUGAUCAAGUACAAAGACAUUAAUUAGUAUUUUGGCAUAAUCCUAUCAUAUCCUUAUUGCUUCCUAAAUUGCAUUUAGAAGACAGUGAAUUAAGAAAGCAGAUGCAGUGUUUCAUUGCAGCGAGUGACUCCUGAAUUCCUUGCCUAUGACUUUUAAGUUUUUAUAAAAGUUCCUAAGUCAAUUCUGUGGGGAGAUAGGGCUAGUCUUGGAACCCACAUGUGUACCAAAAUUAUUAUGAGAUUUUAUUUUUAGUUUAGUUUCAGUGCUAAAUGCAAUCAAGGGCUUUCUUUAAAUUGGCACCAUUUAGGUAAACAGUAACAGGACAUUAUUUUCCCAGUAUUUCCAGCGUACAACAAAUUGUGCUGUAAGUGGUUAUCAAAUGUUCCGUUAAAAGUUGGUAUUUGUAUGUUAGGUUAUAGUGUUGGUAGACUACUCAAAAAGCUUCUCUUUUUUUAAUUGUGAGAUUGAGUAUCCCUGUACUUUAUUUUGGGAUGAUCAGUUUUUAAAUUGCAUUUGGCAGCUACUUCUGUGUAGUAUGCAUGCUGAUUUUAAUGCUGCCGUCCUGUAUUUUCCUGGGGCAGGAGGGUUCCACAUCUCGUAUCCUUGUAGAGGUGAGGACCUUGAUACCUUUAUUUUAUAAUAGACACUCUUCAUGUUUUUGUUUUAGUGUAAGGUUUUAUAAAGUUAAUUUUCCAAGGAGCACAUUGUAGAUGGCCCCCUUGAUCCAAAUGCCUUUAGCACAACAAAAAAUUAAGAUAUUUAAAUUUUAAUCUUGAGCACUUGUUGCAGUUUAGAAAGUCCCAUAUGCAGAGAACAACAAAAUCCUACCCAUACCAUUUGGAGUCUGUACUGCUUUGGGCGAGUCUGCUUAGCUAUACCAUUUGUGAAAUUGAUCUGUAAUUCUUAUUUUCAAAGUGCUCCACAGACCUAGUGAUCAUCCAGUGUGGGCAAAUGUCCAUUUUAGCAAGUUUGGAAUAAAAUAUUUCUUGCCACAGAUAUGAGCAUUGAAAAUACGGCUUUGUUGGGGACAUGUUGAAAACAAAUGGAAGCACUGCUGCCUUCAGUCUCUUAAAUGCUCUGAACUCUCUUCAGCUAAUGCAGCACUUUGUGAAUGGUAAGGACAAGUUAUAAUUUAUUCUCCUCAAGCUUCAGAUUUCCAAAUGCUUCCUCUUGCUUUUUUGGACACAGUAGUAGUAACAGCUUUCUAGGUGAUCUCACUUGAGCACUUUUUUCUAAGUUGUGUUUAGGGAUUCAUCUGCCGGGGGGGGGGAUAGUACUUUUGCAAAAGAUACUGCACCUUCCAGAAAUUCUAAUCUGUGGGUGGGAGGGAGGGAGAGGGCAUUUUUGGGAGGUAGUUCCAUGCCUCCAUUACAGUCAAUAGGGAAGUAACCAAAAGCACAGUGAUGAGGGGGUGUAUAUAGCUUGGUAUAUUGUUGCAAAUAAUAAAAAGCAUGAAUAUGAAACUGAAAGUUUGUACUUCAAGUGGGUUAUAGGCAGCAGGAGGUGUUGUGGAAUUCUUUCUUCUGCUGUUUGUUCCAUUCCCUGUUUUAGAAUUCCUGGGCGGGGGGGUGCGCAUGGGUGGGUGGGGUAAAACCUCGAAAUUUUUAGUACGUGGCUGCAUUGGAGCUUCCCAGAAAGCUAUAAAGGGAGCUAAUGCAGUGUAGACAAGGCUCAAAUCAAGCUGCUUUUUCAAAUGAACGCAGCCAUAAAUGUAAUCAAAAAUUACAGCAAUAACAGAAAACAAAAGGAUCUGGGCUUUUAAACUUCAAAAGUUAUGUUUUUGAAUAAUGUUCAAAGUAUCAUUUAGGAGACGUUCCCAAGGUAGAUAACACAGUGUUCUAAGUGUCUCUUUUUUAAAGAAGAGCAAAAUAGCAAAAUAGUCACAUUCUAUGGAAACAUCAUUUGCCUAAGAAUUGGUAGAUUUAGUCAGUGGUGUUUAGCACUAACCUACUGACAGGAAACUAAACCUCAAUUAUUAAUCCUGAUUAUAAAUGUGUAACUAAAAUAUUGUUGAAGGCUACAGAAAUUCAAGUACUCUGACAAGCUCAUAAAGUAACCAUGAAAGCAUGAUGCUAUAAUGGAAAUAUUGUUUGGUGGGAUUCACUUCAGCUGAAUUCCUGUAAAUGAAAAGCCACUUAGAAUGCAACACUUGUAAUCUGGUUAAAUUUUAUGGAACGGUAUUUGCAUAGGGAUCUUCCAUGUCAGCUGAUCUUCACAGAUCUUAAUUUCUGUAUAGAAUUUUGAAUUGAUUAGGCAAAUCUUUCUCCUAUGUGUAUCAAAUGAGCAGUGUUCCUCUUGGUUGAGCACAGUAUUGUAAAGCUAGCUUAAUUUGUUUUAUUAAAAUGCAGAGAGAUUGGAUGACACUGUUCUACGCAAAGCAGAAUAUCUAAAUUGCUUAUAUGAAAAUGGUGAGUUGGCAUUGUUAGGUAAAUACACGGUAUUUAGCGGCUGCUUCUGAAAGAAGUCGGCAUCCAUAUAGAGGUUUUAACUAAUUUCUUGAUAGUUGUGAAGGCUCACCAUAGCAUUUUCUAUUGGGUAACUCUGCUAGAAUACAUCAAAUAGUAGAAAUGCCAUUUCUGUCCGUGCAUGUAAAAUACUAAGCCCCAAAUCCAGAGUUCGGUUGUGGGGGUUUUCUCCAGGGGUGUGGGCACAUGGAGCUUUUUCCAAGCCCCUUGCUUACUAACUUGAGUGGUGCUGUAUAGAUACUACUUUUUCAGCCUGUAAAACCCCCUUCAUUCUGAAGUGGAGAAGGAAGGUUGUGCAGGCAAGGAAGCUGCAUGUGUGUCUGAGUCAUCUGUAAAGGACCUCUUUAGUCAGGCUGUAAGUCUUCAAUAGAAAUGGAAGGGAGAAAAGCUACAUAAGCACGUUUUUGCAUUAAUAUCUCAAGCCAUCUAGAUUCUUGAACCGCCUUUUCAGGCCAGUGAAGGCAGGGGGCAUCUGACCCUUUCUAAUGUGACUUGGAAUACAUUUUGAGUAUCACAGUGUCAGGAGCCAACUUAGUGUAUCAAAAUAUUCUAAAUAGUUUGACCUCUAAUUACCCGACAUGAUCUGUGUGGUUUUUUCCAAUCUGAUGUGACUUUUGAGCACUUAGCAAGCAAACCGGGGAAAUUUCAUUUAGCUUGCUGCUGUACAGACUUGUUUUUAGUAGAAUGGAUUUGUUAGUGGGAUUUUAUUGUAAUGCUAUUAUUGGCUGCCCUUGUGGGGUGAAAAGGGGGAGUGCAUGCAACAGAGGUGCAAGAGGCCCCAGUAAUAGUGUUUGUUAUGAAAUAGACACAGGUUUCCUUUUUUUAUAACUUUUUUUUUUAAAGAAGACUGUCUUAAAGCAGUUGUAUUGGUACUUUUUCCAAGUUUAGGUCAAUGUUGUCUUCCAGAACCAGUUUAAAGCAUCAUAUCUGCAUUGAACUAUUGCAUCAACACAUAGGAGUGGCAAUUUCAUUCUGAGCCAACUGUGUAAAAUUCAUUUUUAUUUUUAUGCAAUCCAAUGAGUAGAUGAGCUCAGAGUUAAAUUCUUAAAAGCACGUUUAUGUAACAGGAAUUGUUAUGUAUUAAUACUUCAGUUUUCAAUAAAGAUUGACUGUGUUGCUUAUCGUG